GGCAUGGAAGUUCAUCGUGCAGAAUUUCCGGAAGAAGGGAUCUCUGCUGGUCACUGUUCCCAGCCUGCACGAGAGUCUGAAUCCCCUGCAGGAGGUGUUGCAGCCUGACUGGGUGGAGGAGCUUCCUAUCAACUACGACGUCUACCUGGGCAGAGACACAGACCCCGACGCUCUCAGACAGAUCCACCUGUACAGGGUCAUCUGA